AUGGGAUUGCAAUUAAAACUUCUAGCAGCAGCUGGAUUACAAGGUGUACCCGAUCCCACCACACAAUACAGACAGCUUGUAACAACAGAUCAGAUACUGCAGCUUGUCCAGGUCAGUGUCUUGGCUGGUGAAAGGCAAAGUAAUGCUUAUGAGUCGCCGACACUUCCGAAGCGUGCAGAAACAUUUGGUGGAUUUGACAAUCCAAAUCUCAGAGGAUUGAUUAAAAAAUUUCCACAAAAAGAAAAUAGCUCUGAAAACGUUGAUGGGCGCAUAUCUCACAAGCUACCUUUAGAUCGUCUUCCGUGGAAGAGCGCCGUUUUGUCAACUGUUCCUAUUGGAGUUCUUGAAAAUCAUGACAAUAUUGUGAAUAAUUCUCAAGAAACAUCAGAUCAAAAUUCUACUUUUUCUGUGAAAGAUAUUAAUCCAAAUGAUUCUCCUGCUUUAUUAUCAUUAGGAAGGGAACAACAGAAAGCUGCAGUUCAGCUAUCUCACUAUGUUUAUAUGUUGCUAUGUAUAAUAUCACAACAAAUGACAAGCAUUAAUAGUUUGCAAGCCCAAAUUUCCGCAUAUCAGGGCACUGGUGCCCAACCGGGCAACGCUAAAUAUAAGCAUAAUGACCAAUUAGAGGAACUCAGAAAUUUACAGGAUAAGUUGACAGUAGAAAAAGAGGCGUGGAAUAGAGAGCGAAUAAUGCAGGAAGCUGAACUCAAACAAAUGAAACAGGAAAUAUUAGCAUUGCAGGAACAUGUUAAAGCUGAACAAGAAGAUGUGCGACAGCAACGUGAACAACUAUACCGCAAAAUGGAAGUAUUGUCUAAUCAGGGUCUUUUAAUAAGCCCAUCAGUGGCAAUUCCAGCCGUGACACCUCCCGUAACUCAGGGAAUAUCUGUUGUUCAAAAUAUUUCAAUGCCGAUUGAUGAUGUUAAUAAACAAGUAGAAUCACCAGAAAGUGGUCAAAGUGGAAAAAGUAAAAGUGGACAAAGUGGAAAGUGGAAAAGCCCCAUGAAGCCAAGUUUACCUUUGCAAUUAAUCAGCGCAACAAAUCAACCUAAAGUACAACAGCAGUCCAUCAAACAGCAAAUACCGCUUAAGUUAUCACAUCUUUCCAAUAGUAAGUCAAGCGCAUCAUCAACAUCAUCUCAUGUAGUUACAUGCGCCAAUAGUAGCGUCCAGCAAAUGCUGCCUAUGAAACUAAGUCAGACACUAGCCAACUCUAGUGGACACGCGAGCGAUGGAACCGGUUCGCUGUCCAGAAGAUCAAUCGGAGGAGGGGUAGCCUAUCAUAGGCUAAGUUCUGGUUCGCCUAUUGUCGACGCGAUUCCCACGGGUGUUCAUACCAGAACCGGAAGCAGCCCGGCUAUGAUGCAGGCCACACCUUCAUCUGAAAAUAAUUCUGGUGCCAAUUCACCAAUUAGCACUCAAAAUGCAGGAAGUAAACCUGGAAGAACAAACACUUAUCCAAAGAUACCAGAAAAAUUCAGAACGCGCGGGUCGCAAUCAUCUGGAGCUCCUGAAGAAGAAGUUAUGUUUUUCUGAGGGUCUCUGAACAGGUGUGUUCGUCAUGUAUUAUCAAUCGUUAGAAUUAAUUUGAGAAAAAAUAAUAAAUGAUUUAUUUGAAUUUUAUUUAUCUAUGGUUUGC